AGCAAGAGGCCGACAGUAAAAAUGGAGACACAACAAAUUCUUAGAAGAACUUUGUCUGUCAUGGUGGUAAUCGCGUCUGUGAUCUGGACAAUAACAUGUCAAGCUAAGGUGAGCAACUGCUGUACACAGGUCACCAUGAAUGAGGUGACAGAUCCAAUCAUUAGUUACAAGCUGCAAAAACAUAAUUUACCAUGUGUUAAGGCUAUAAUCCUUGAAACACAAACAGGAAGGUUCUGCAUUAAUCCAAAAGCAUCAUGGGUACGGGAGAAAGUUCGCCAGUUAAGAGCUCAACAAAAAAGCAAACAUUUAGAAACCCUUGACACUUCCACACCAUCAUCAUCCAUUACAAAAUGCUUAACUUCAAACACUCCUCAAGGAAUAACUUCAAACACAGCAGAAUUGCAAAAGGGGAACACCUGUUGUACAACAGGUCUUAUGGAUGAGGUGACUGAUUUAAUUAACAAGAAGGCAGGAUUCAAAGAGAAAGAGCAAGGAUCGACAGUAAAAAUGGAUACACAAAGACUUUCUAUGGGAAAUUUGGCUGUCAUGAUGGCAAUUGCAUCUGUGAUCUGGACAACAGCGUUUGCUUAUGCUCCAAUAAAGGCGCCCAAAUGCUGUCAAAAAGUCUCCAGGAGUGAAGUGACCUACCCAAUCAUCAGUUACAGGCUGCAAAUAAAGAAUUUACCAUGUGUCAAGGCAGUAUUACUUGAAACUCAAGGGGGGAAAUUCUGCAUUCAUCCAAGAGCAUCAUGGGUACGUGAGAAAAUUCUCCAGUUUAAAAGAGCUCAAAAACAAAAAUUAGCACCAAUCACUGUGGUUCAACAUGUGACUUCCACACCACCAUCAAUAGUUAAAACAAAAAAUUGUUUAGCAGUUUAUGACUAUAUUGUUAUAUUUUUCAAAUGUCUAUAUUUUUUAAUUAUUUAUGUGGAUUGAUUUAUUAAUAUUACAGUGUCAAACACAUAGGGCUAUUUGUCAAUAAAAAAGUCAGUCUUAAUGAGAUAAACUUAAAAUAAAACAGUUUAAAUAGCAGAUCUGGUUUGAAUAAGAUAUCCGUAUGUAUAAUAUUUUACAUUGAAAUGUACGGUUACAACUUAAGGAUGAUAAAAGUUUUAAAGCUUUUUAGAAUUUGUAUGAGAAAAAAUCUAGGCACUUUGUGUCAGUAUGAUGAUGAGUGCUGGAACAACUGUAAUCUGAAACUAUAAACUGAUGAUGAGUAACUACAGGCAUUGCAUGUUGAUUUUGUUUUUGAGUUUGCACCACAGGCCCUGUGAAUCUGGCAUGGAGACCCUGCAUUGUCUUUAUUCUGCCCUAAAUAUUUGUUUCCUGGCCUCUUACGUUUCAAGUAUACUUGUUUUAUGGCCAUUAAUAAUCAUAAUAUAACUGCCAUGAGUUAACAUAUCAUGUUUUUACAUAUAUACAGUAUUUACUGCAUGUCUUUAUGAAAUACUUGAUUCUGAUUGGACAGUCUCGACAUCCUGCUGUCUGUUUUCAUAUAAUAAAAAUCAUGGUCAUCCAGG